UUUGCCUUUUUUCUUGAAAUGGUAACCAAAUCAUAAUUCUUUGAUUUUGGUUGUCCGUUGGUCGUCCAUAGCUUCAUACCGUAGAUCUUAGGAUGCUCAUCUAUGUCGUAGGGAAGAGCCCUCUCCACCACCUAAUACUGGUGAAAUCUGAAAGUCACCAUUUCUGCGAGGGGAGAGGAAAUAUUAAAACCCUAGAAGUUUCUUUUCUCUCCCCAGUGGCUUACUAAGUCUUGUUAAGAUGACUCUCAAGUCUCAACGGCAACUUAGAGCUUAACAGCGACCAUCAACUCUUCCGAUCUCUUAUCUCUUUGCACCGACAACCAUCACUAUGCAAGUCUGCAAUACUCCAUAUCUCUUGUAACCGCGACCUUAGGCUUGCAGCGGCAACUUCCACCCACCUGAGCGGCAGCUGAAUCGGRGUAGGCUCUCUUGGAUCUUGCAAAUUCCAUUGAAACCGAAUAUGUAUUAGUGAGGUUUCUGUUUUGAGUCUCGGUGAAUAGCCCAAUCCCUUGCCCGUGGAAGUUAUGCCGCAUGAAAUCUCUUGGGAUUUUAGUCAAGCAAGCCUGGAGUUAGGGUUUUUCUACAUAAACAUCUUUUAAAUUCUGAGUCUAGAAAUUUGAAAGUAGAGAGUAGAUGUAUGGUAUGGACUAUUAAAGAAGUUGGAACGAGAUCCAAAGACAUUACUUGGAGAAAAUUAGUUUUAUUUUUGUGCAGCACUGAAGGCAUCAAGGGAAAGAGCCGUUGGUUAUCUCCUAGAAACAAUUCUGAUCGGGUGAGAGUGCAGAAGAGUGGGGCGAGACUUCUUCUACAAAGAAACUGAAGAGCUUUGGGACGAAGAAGUGGAACGCUGUCGCUCUUAAGCCUGGGAUAUCGUUGUGGGAUUGUGCAAUUUGUUAGGAAUCACAUCAUGGAUCUCUGCAUUGAGUGCCAGGCGAAACAAGCAGGCGCAUUGACAGUGUGUACCCUGGCCUGAAUGUACAUCUGUUUCUUUAGUACUUUGAUAGAGGAGAUGGCAGCAACCAACCAUCAAUGGCAUUCCGAAAGAGCACAAGUUAAAAGGCAGUAAUGUCUUCACAAUGUGGACACAUAUACAACUCUAUUUGCGCAAAUAGGUGCUAUCAGCAAGAAAAUAGAUGAGAUGCAGAUGGCAGCCAUGCAUGUGCAGUCCAUGACUUGUGAUUGGUGUGGGGGAGGCCCUAUCAGUACUGAAUGCCAAGUUGGCAAUCAGUCUAUGCAGCCUCCAGAACAGGUAGACUUUGUUGGUCACUUUCCAAGGCAGCAAUACAGUSAGUACCCUUGUGCCUUUAACCCCGGAUGGGGGGGAUACCUGAAUCAGUCAUGGCCAAGUCAACAUGUGGCGAAUCCCUUCCCUCAAAACUUCUAUUAGCCGGAAAAGAAAUCUAACCUAGAGGAGCUGAUGACCAAGUUCAUAGCUAGUGCUGAAACAAGAUUUCAGAUCCAAGAAGCAGCAAUAAAGAACUUGGAGAAGCAAGUCGGGCAGUUGGCACAAAUGAUUUCAGCAAGAAUAUCGGGCACUCUACUAGGUAAUACUGAAUUGAAUCCAAGAGGUGGUGAGGAGCUGCCAGAGGUGGAGAAGAAGGCAAGGGCUGAAAACAAGGUUAGCAUGUUGGCCGACACCCGUGAGCUUUGCAUACAAGAGGGAGGAGCUGCAAGGGAAGAGAGUGAAAAGAUGCAAGGCAUGGCAGCAUACCUGAAUGCCAAUCCACAGUUUCAAGGGAAARAGUGUCUCAAGUUGGAUGGCUUGGAUACCCUGCCAAUACCAACAAGCAAGCCUUCAACCCAAGAGCCACCCCCCCUUGAGCUGAAGCAACCCCCUCCACAUCUGGAAUAUGCUUUCUUAGAGGCACCAUCAGCCUUACCGGUAAUCAUAUCAGCAGCCUUAACCCAAUUGCGGAAAGACAAAUUGUUGCGGGUGUCUCGGGAACACACGACAACUUUAGUUCAGAAGAUAUCAUUGAUGAUGAGGUUAGUGGAUGUUUUCAGGCCAACGGUCAGUACCUCACUAGAACGUCGAGCUUCAGACAAAAAACAAGCGCUUGUUGGGAGGAUGUUAAUUGAAUAAGUUGCUGAUCUCUCUUUCUAGUUUUAUGUGAUUCUUAGYAGCUAGAGGCUUCCUAUCAAAAGAGCUAUUGCAGAAUUCAGAAUAAUCUUCCGGGAAGUCCUCUAAACCCCUCUCCUUACUUGAUAAUGUUCUUCAUGCAAUUACCCCUCAUUGUUGGAUUUAUUGUUGCUGUCUAACACUAGGAACAUUGUAUUCAUCUUAAAUGUGGGGAAGUUAGACUGUGGCUAUGCACUUCAAUUAGCCCAACACUUGUAUACAUGCAUUGAUAGGCCAAAUAGACUGAAAAUCCUCUCGAGAUCAUUGCUGUUUAUUAGGUGAAUUCAAAGAGGGAAUACAAUGAGUUGAGGGAGACCAAUGUAUGUGUCAGUUUUUAUUCUUGUGAAUGAUCCAACUGAGCACAAUGCAUGAAGUUAAGGGAGUUAAAUAUGACUUUCAUCAUGACCAGCCCUAACUACUUUCAUGUGUAUGAUGCACUUGAUUGAUUUAUUAAUGAUCACUCAAGCUAGUCCAUAUCUGAAUUGCUAAUGCAUGAGGUUCAACAAUUGAAAAAGGCAAAAGAAAAAAA